AUGGAAGGGCUACAGAAUCUGACGACUAAGUGGAAAAAGCUGUCUCCCCUAUCCUCUGAGUGUCGUAUCUACCGAGUUCCCAAGAGGCUACGUGACGUGAAGGAGAAGGCUUACACACCUCAGGUGGUCUCACUUGGUCCGCUUCACCAUGGUGGAGAAGGUCUCCAAGCCAUGGAAGAACAUAAAUUGCGGUAUGUGAAGGACUUCUUUGAACGGAUCCCCGAGGUAAGAGUAGAGGAUUGUUUCACAUAUUUGAUGGAUCGGGAAGAAAAGAUCCGUGCAUGUUAUGCAGUAGCAAUUGAAUUUAAUGCACAUAAACUUGUGGAAAUAAUUCUGGUUGAUGCCAUUUUCACCUUUGAGUUGCUGCUCAAGAGCUCUUUUGAUUCCCUGCAAGAUAAGAAUGACUGUAUAUUUGGGAAGCCAAGGAUGUCCAGGGUCGUGAUAUACGACAUGAUGUUGCUUGAAAAUCAGAUCCCAUUCUUCAUUCUCGAGUAUUUUCAUACUGUAUACUUCACCAACCGUCCUAUUCCUUGGCUUUCCCUCUUUGAGCUUACCCAUAAGUUCUUGCAGAAUGGGGUAUACAUAAGGUCACUUGGAGAUACGAUGAAGAAACUCAAUCAUGGUCCUCAAGAAGAUAGAAUACACCAUUUUGUUGAUUUUGUUCUAAAAUGUCAUCGACCUCAACCUUCUGAGCUUCCCCAAAUAAAGAAACUCAAGACUUCAACCAUACCACGGGCCACAGCAUUACACCAGGCUGGAGUCAAGUUUGUGAAUUGUGAGCUUCAUGAUCACUACAUCAGCGAUUAUGUGUUUUUCAUAGAUCGCCUGGUGGAUCAAUCCAAGGAUGUGGAGCUGCUUGUUGAGAAUAAUAUCCUUGAAUCUAAACUACCAGAUAGUGAAGCAGCUGCGGCCUUUAUUAACUCACUUGACUUCGGGCCUAUUUUGUUCAGUAGAGAUUUCUACUUUACUGAUCUCUGUGAGGCUCUGAAUGCAUACUAUAGUGUCCCCGGCACAAGUGGAAGGCAAGCUUGA